UAAGCGAAUAGAAUCUGGAAAAAAAAAACCUAGAUUUAAAGCGGCUUAAAAGUUACGUUUCGUAAACGUUUCAAAGGAGGUUUUCUUUCAUUUGAGAUCCUUCAGCUCCAGCAGUGGAAGUGUACUAAUACUGUGUCGAUGACAUCGUGUGUGUGUGUGCGGCUCUGUCAUUGCACAUAGGCGACCCUUGUGCGGUGAUUGUCCACACGUGUUGCGAAUUUUUGCAGCGUGCAGCCGUUGUUGUCACUCAUCCAACACACUGUGCAGGCCGUGAUAACAAAAAAAAAACGAUUUCCUGCCCAUGUUUCCUGUUUCGCGCCUGUACCAAAGCAACAUUCAUGAUGCGCGUGCGUGCAUACGAGACUGGGUCUUUUUUUGUUUCUACAGGAAGAACUUGAGCAUCGAACAAAAGUCAUCGGGAGUAUCCUUUAAGCCAUUAUUUUCAAAGCUCCUGGCACAGGCUGAGGUCACGCAUUGACUGCCAAAAGAAUACGUUCGAACUAAAACUGAUAAAGGACACACACACAGAGCUGAGCGCAAACCAUCAAUCUCUUUUCAACUCAACCGUGUUGUCAUCUGUUUGUCAACUGGAAAGUCACUCAACAGAAUUCUACAAGAUUAAUACAGAGAUGGAUGAAUCAGAAAAUGAAAUCUUGGAGGCAUGUGAAGAAGGCGCCAAUGAAUUUGAUCAAAUGUUUGGUGAUUUUCUUGGAGAGCUUGAAGAGCUCACUAAAGACAUUGACAGAGGAAUUGCAUCUGACACAACCAUUAGCCAGCCUGCUGCCAAGCUCAAUGAUUGGCCCACCAUUAACUUAGAUGACAUGCUGAACGACAGCAUGGGUCUGGACACCCUCAUGGCAGACCUUUGCUCCAUGGAGGAAGAGCUCAAUCAGAUGACCAUGGGAGAUGUUCUGAGCCACGAGCCUGCCGGCUGCCCAACUGUCACAGCCCAGCCACCUGCACAGUCACCUUCGCAUCUAUACGCACAGCUAGUCGCGAAGUCACCCCCAAAGCAGGAGCAGAUGACUGCUGCACCCCUGAGCAAGGCCCUGACACCUGUGGCCCCUGGGUCAGGAAGACCACAGCCCAGCCACGAGCUGCCUUCCUCCACGAUUCCUGAACCUCAACCUUCCACCCCGAAGCCCGAAGAUGAGAAUCUUACCGAGUUAAGCUUCCUGGAUAGCGAAACCUCGUUGCUGUUGCAUCAGAUGGCCGGAAAACCUGCUCAGCUGCUCUCGGAGGAGGAGAAGGCAGCAAGAAUAAAAGCUGAAAAGAUCCGUAUUGCUUUACAGAAGAUGAAGGAGGCACAAGUUAGGAAGUUGGUGAUCCGAAUCGGCCUUGUGGACAAGAGUUCCAAGAACCUGAUGGUGGAGGAGCAGCAGUCAGUGCGUGAGGUGAUGGACAACCUCCGCGAAAAGACACACAGCACCAACAGCCCAGACUGGUGCCUGGUGGAGACCAACCCUGAUCUCGACAUGGAGCGGUUCUACGAAGACCACGAGAACCUGGUGCAGAACCUGGUGACGUGGACCCGCGAUACACAGAACGGGCUGACCUUCGUGGAGCGCAGGGAAAAGAACGCUCUCUUUAAAAACCCACAGAAUUAUCUGCUGGGAAACAAGGAAGCUAAGGAUGUGAAGGACAGGGAUAAGGAAUCACUCCUGGAGGAAUGUUUCUGUGGGACCUCAGUGGCUGUACCUGAGCUGGAAGGAGAGCUUUUCCUCAAGGAAGAUGGCAAAAAGUCAUGGAAGCGGCGCUACUUUCUGCUUCGAGCCUCUGGAAUCUACUUUGUGCCCAAGGGCAAGACCAAGACCCUGCGGGACCUCACCUGCUUCAUCCAGUUUGAGAAUCUCAAUGUGUACUACUGCCUGGACUACAAGAACAAGUACAAAGCACCAACAGACUGUUGCUUCGCGCUGAAGCACCCUCAGAUUCAGAAGAAGUCGCAGUAUAUCAAGUACCUGUGUUGCGAUGAUGCACGAAGCCUUCAUCAGUGGGUCACUGGCAUCCGCAUUGCCAAGUAUGGCAAGUAUCUCUAUGACAACUUCAAGGAGGCGAGCAGGAAGGCAGGCGAGGGCUGGCCCACCCUGGCCAACUUGGUUGUCAAAACACCAGAGCCUACACCAGGUGUGGUGGCCGACAGCCCGACAUCGAAAGGAUUGCGCAGCACCAACACCGUCAGCGCCAUCUUCUCCGAGGCUUGGAAACGAGGCACCGAGCUCACGCAGGCCCACCGGGAGAAUCAACUGGAUGAUGUAUUCCUGCCACUCUCUCCACCACCUGGUGCUCUGGAGAACUCGGACACAGCAGGAGCAGAAAUGUCCUUUCCUCCUCCUCCUGAAUCUUUUGUGCAAACCAAGGUCCUAGGCCCAGCGCCACAAACUCGGCCCAUUGUCAAGUCAGAUGAUGUUUCUUCUCCACCUCCUCCUCCUCCAUGUGAUGGGUUUCCUCCUCCUCCACCUGACACCUUUCCUCCCCCACCUCCUCCUGCAGCAAUACCUCAAAGCAGCAGGCCAGCACCGGCGGCUAGAAUGAGUGCCAACCCGGCGAGCGGAGUUGUUGUGGCAAUCAGAGCAAAGAAACCUCCAUCAGUGCCACAACGCAAAUCGAGCUGCCUUUCAAGCAGCGACAUCGAACAGGUGCAAGGCACGAUGAUGGCAGAUGACUUUCCACCACCACCCCCGCCUGAAGAGUUUAUGCCACCUCCUCCAUCUUUCCUUCCUCCACCGCCACAAUUUUACCCUCCACAAGAAAUGGCACUGCCACCUCCUCCCCGUUGCAAUGCUCCUACACUUCCUUCUUUUCCAAAACCACGUCCACCAGCUGGCAAGGCACCACAGCCUCCCAAAACCCCAUGUGCUCCACAGCUCCAUAACAAAGUUGGUACAAUGCAUCAAGCACCUAUAACAAACAAUUCCUUACCCUCAGCUCAACCCAGCAUGCCAGAUGUGUCCAUCCCAACCCCUCCUGGUGCUGCACUACCACCACCACCGCCGCCACCACCACCGCCACCACCACCAGUUACAUCGAGUUCAACCAUGCAUGUAAAAGCAGUUAACCCUUGUAAUGUGGUCCUCAAAAAAACACCUGUCAAUCCCAUCCCUCCACCCAAGCCCAACUUCCUAGAUGAUCUUGCAAACACUCUUAGAAAGAAACAACUGGCACAAAACGCUGGGGAUGGAGCAACAGGACCAUCAGUGUUGACGCUGUCACCUCCACGACCCAUUCCUCCAAAGCCUGGCUUCCCACCUCCGAGUUUUCAUGGUACAGGUUAAUCCCUGAUAUAUAUGUCCAUUAAUUAACAGCAAGUUGGCAAACUAAUGUCUGAUUGCAAUUUUAAGAGUUAGCGUACACAACCUAACCUCAUAGAAACUAACAUCAAAUCUAAUUUUGAGUCUCACCCCCAUUACGUGAGAUUUAGAACUGCAGGAUUACUUCAGUGUCAAAAUUGCGUGUGUAAUGAACCGUUUUCAAUGUUGUAACUAGUAAAUUGCCCAAUGUCCCC